UUUGCACUUUGUUCCCACAAAUUUCUCCGAAUUAUAUUUCCUGUCUAAAACUGAGCUGAUGAACCCCUUCGUUAGUUCGUCCUGUCCAAAUCUCCAUGUUGAUAUUUUUGUCAUGCAAUUAUUUCUUAGCUAGUAUACUAGUAUAGGAUUUGCAACAUCAGGGGCUCGUGUCAGCACGAUUAGUUCGACACAAUUUGUUAGACAUUAUAUGUUGCACUUAUGAUGGUGUAACUGAAGCAGUGAGAAUAUACAUCCGACUCAAAAACUUGUUUGAGUCUAAGGCGUAGUUAUUGUUGUUGUUGUUGUUUAUGUCGCCCUCGUUAUGGCUGCAAAGAAAAUCAUUGCAAUAUGCCAAUCAGGUGGUGAAUUUAUGACCAAUGAGGAAAAUGGGACAUUGAGUUACACAGGAGGUGAUGCAUAUGCUGUAGAUAUUGAUGAGAAGAUGAACGUGAAUGUUUUAAAGCAAGAAUUAGCUGACACAUUUCAGUUUAGUACUGAGGAGAUUACUAUAAAGUAUUUUCUACCCGGGAAUAAAAAGACCCUGAUCACAGUAUCCAAAGAUAAGGACCUAAAGCGCAUGGUCAACUUUUUUAAGGAUUCUGAGCAAGUGGAAGUCUUUGUUGUUGCUGAAGAAGCUGUUGUUGCACCCAAUGUGUCCACUUUGCCUGCCAGUAGGUCCAGCAAGAUAACUAUGUCCGAGACAGCACUUUCUCCUUCUACCCCUGUGGAUAUGACACAUCCCGACGAUCAACUUAUGGUUGAUACGCCCAUGGAUACGACACCAUUAAGUACUUUUCCGAGUAGCAAUGACGACAAGCACCGUAGGGCAGCUACACAGUGGGAGAACUCCAUUACUGGUGUGGACCAAAGAUUCAGUAGUUUUACUGAAUUUCGUGAAGCCUUACAUAAGUACUCGAUUGCGCAUGGAUUUACAUAUAAAUAUAAGAAGAAUGAUAGUCACAGAGUAACGGUUAAAUGCAAGUCUGAGGGUUGUCCUUGGCGUAUAUAUGCGUCAAGGUUGGCUACUACCCAGCUGAUAUGUGUUAAGAAAAUGAAUAAAAACCAUACAUGCGAAGGAGCUGCCGUGAAAGCCGGAUAUCGAGCAACAAGGGGAUGGGUGGGAAGUAUAAUUAAGGAAAAGUUGAAGUCUUCUCCUAAUUACAAGCCAAAGGAUAUCGCCACUGACAUCAAACGUGAAUAUGGCAUUCAGUUGAACUAUUCUCAGGCAUGGCGUGCAAAAGAGAUUGCAAGAGAGCAACUUCAGGGUUCUUAUGAAGAAGCAUACAGCCAAGUACCUUUAGUUUGUGAGUGUAUCAUGGAAACUAAUGCCGGUAGUCUUGCUACAUUUGCCACGAAGGAGGACUCGAGUUUCCACCGGCUAUUUGUCUCGUUUCAUGCUUCAAUAUAUGGCUUUCAACAAGGCUGCCGCCCUCUUCUUUUCCUUGAUAGCACUGUUCUCUAUGCAAAAUAUCAAGGAACCCUAUUGGCUGCCGUGGGUGCAGAUGGGAAUGAUGGUGUCUUUCCAGUAGCCUUUGCAGUUGUAGAUGAGGAGACAGACGACAACUGGCAUUGGUUUCUUUCUGAACUUAAAUCUGCUGUCUCAACCUCUCAACCAAUAACAUUUGUUUCUGAUUUCCAAAAUGGUAUAAAAGAGUCAUUAUGUGAUAUAUUCAGCAAAGAUUGCUACCAUGGUUAUUGUCUUCGGUACCUUGGUGAGAAAUUAAAUAAGGAUCUGCAUGGGAGGUUUUCACAUGAAGCAAGGCGUCUUAUGAUCCAAGAUCUAUAUGCUGCUGCUUAUGCUCCAAAACUGAACGAUUUUGAGCGCUGUGUUGAGAACAUAAAGGCCAUUUCGCCUGAUGCUUACAGUUGGGUCGUACAAAGUGAGCCUGAUCAUUGGGCAAAUNUACUACCCAGCUGA